AUGUCAGACUCAAUAGAAACCCAUAAUCUGGAGGAUUUGUCACCAGUGGAGAUAGACACUGUUAUGACUACGAAAUCCCGACUUCCAGAAUUUGAUCGUAGUGAUCCUGAGUUGUGGUUUGCUCAACUAGAGCAUUAUUUCACGAGACACAAUAUCAAAUCUGAAGGGAUUCGCUAUAGAGACUUGUGUUUUAUCCUUCCUCCUUCAGUCGCCAAAGAAGUCCGUGACUUGAUUUUAAGUCCACCAUCACCACAACCAUACACCAUCUUAAGACGAGAGAUAAUGAACCGUUUAUCAUUAUCAGAUAGUCAAAGAAUCCAAAGACUUUUCAAGGUGAAACACUAG